UGAUUAGUUGAUUGUUUGAAGCAUCAUCUUUAAACAAUUAAACUUUUACAUUUACAGUUAUGAAUUACCGUUUAACUUGAUCAAUCAAAUUUCAACAAUUAACUUACAAAGUCAAUUGAUAUCAACUAAUCAUUCAAUUUAAAUUGUAACAACAAUCAAUGUAAUCAAGUUUCCUAAAAAUCAUCUUGAAAAACUUUCAAUUUAAAAGAUUUUAAUUUUAAUUGUUUCCGGUGAUUGUUGAAUAUUAAUUGUUUAAACUAGUGGAUAAUUGUGAUCAUGAAGGAAUCAAUUACUAUCGAUCCAAUUGAUUGUAGUAAAAUUGAUUCAGAUGAUUUUAUAAUUGAAACAAAUCAUCCAAAUGAUUCAAGUGAAACCAAUUCAAUUAAAACAGCGACAACAACAAUUAUCGGUUCUGAUGACAAUUUAUCCAAUAUUAUUUCAUCCUGUUCAUCUCCAUCAUUAACUAAUCAACAACAACAACAACAACAAUUAUCUAACCAACAAUCAAAUCAACGGUCAUCAUCAUUAUCUUCAUCAUUCCGUCGAGUCUCAAUUACAUCUAAUUCAUCAUCAUAUUGUCAAUCAGCUCGUCAACAGCAAUCAACUAAUCACCGAACAUCAAAUCAGAAUAAACAAAUUUUAUCGCCAAACAAUUUAACCUCAACCACUCCGGAUACAAUAUCAUUAUCUUCCGCUUCGGCUUUACCACCGGUGGGUUAUAAUUAUCAGUCUGGUGGAAGAGGAGGAGUGGGAGGAGGUAAAUAUCACCAUGGAUCUAAUAGUUUACCCACCGGCAAUUAUGUUGGUCGAAAAGCGUCCAUUGUAAUGUCCAAUUUACGCCGAUCAUCGGUCCAAGUGGUCAUCUCAGUUUGGACCUCAUUUCGAGGGAUUUUCUUUGCCUUUUUAUCGGCAAUUUUUUUCUCCAUCACUUCCGCCAUAGUUAAACAUCUUUCCGACAUUCAUCCGGGAGUAAUGUCACUUUUCCGUUUCAUUGGGAUUCUACUUUUCUCAAUUCCAAUGGUCACUGAGGUUGGAGCGAGAAAUAUCCUUGGACCUCGAAAUUUACGCUUAUGGGUUUUACUUCGAGGUGUGGCCGGGGCAACUUCCGUUUACCUGAGAUAUUGUGCUCUUCAAUAUUUACCGAUUGCAAACGCGACCAUAAUUGUACUUUCCAUGCCCGUUUUUGUCUGUAUCUUGGCUCGAGUUUUCCUUAAAGAGCCUUGUGGUGUUUUCCAUGUGAUCGCACUUGCGGUUACCCUUUUGGGUAUCGCUUUUACCGCCAAGUUAAAUGUGAUCUUUGGAUCAUCGGAAGAAGAGGCAGCCGAUGCUGGUAUUGAUAAAACGGCUCAUCUUUUGGGUCUAGCAGCGGGUAUGGGGGCCACUCUUGUUGGAUCUUCUUCCUAUGUUAUCGUACGUAAGGUCAAAUCUCUUGAUCAAUCGGUCAUUUUAUUCAACUUUGCCUGGGUCGCCAUCAUUGAGACCUCAGUAUUGACCUAUUUCCAGGACGGGUUUGCCCUUCCAACCACCAUCAUUGGUACCUGGUUAUUGGUACUAUUGACCAUUGCCUCCUUUUAUGCUCAAUUCUUACUGACCAAAGCACUUAAAUGUGAAGAGGCUGGACUGGUCUCCGUGACCCGAGCCUCAUCUGAGGUCAUUCUGGCUUUUCUCAUGCAAAUAUUUAUAUUCCAAUCGAUGCCCGAUUGGUAUUCAUAUGUCGGCGCUUUUCUGGUCACCACCGCGGUCUCAAUGACCUCCGUUCGUAAAUACAUUGUCACCCUACCCAAAGAUAGCACUUGGAGACGUAUAUUUGCCUUCACACUUAAAUAAUCAACUAAUUGUUGACCGUAAAUUGUAAACAAUUUAACUAAAUCUAAGAUCUAAUCGUUCAAAAGACAAGAUGAAACUUUUUAUUUCAUGUUAACCUAAUAGCUUUUAAUAGUUAACAAUUAAACUACAAUUUGAUUUGAUUGUGGUUCUCAUUUAUCCCUCCUAAAUCAUCAAUUUAAUUUGAUUUAGUUUAAUUGAUCAAUCAACCAAUUAAACUAUUCAAUUACCUUUACAAUCAAUCAUUUAACUAUGUAAAUCAAUCCCAAUAAAUUAAAUCAACUUACAAUAUUUAUCAGAUGAUUAAAAGUAAUUAAUUUAAACUGAUUUUUACUAAAUUGUGAAAAUUUUUAAAUAUUCAUAAUUGUUAACAAUUAGAUGGACUCUUUUUCAACAAUUUAAUUAGCACGAUGAUUAAUUAAUCUUGUUAACCUUUUUUAUUUCUGUAUUGAUUAACUUUUUAAACUUUUCAAUUUGUUUUAAUUAUUAAUUGCCCAUGAAUCUAAUUGAUUGUUAAUUGUUAUUCAGGUCAAUUUAAUUUCUGCUGAAUUGUUAAUUUAAUUGUUUACUAAUUUACAAUCACGUUUGACAAUAGUUUUCAUGUCAAUUAAUUAACCAAUUUGUCAAUUAAAUGAUGAUUCCAAUUUUAAAUUGCUAGAAAAUCAAAUAGACAAAAUUUUUGAUUCUCUA